AUGUUCACUAUUGGAGAAGCUGUAACACUCACUGUAGCACUUGUACAUGAUAUAUGUUUUACAAAUGAGAAAUGCUUAGUAAUGUUCAAGUCUGAAAUUUGCAAAAGUUUUUCUCCGGCUCCAGGCAAACAUAAUAGCUCAUCACUUUUUUUUGUCAUGAUGUGGAUCUUUCAGCAACAGGAACAGACAUUAACUGCUCAUGAUUUAGAAAGUGUCGGGGGAGAUAUUAACAUCCCCUUCUAUAGCCUCAUUCCCAACUGUACUGGAAUAGGUCUUGGAUUUGGAUGGGGUUGGGUCGCAAGCCUUAUGGCCAUUGUAAUUUCUAUAACUGGAACUCUUUACCCCCCUCCUUUGUUUCAGAGGGCUUGCGAACGGCGGAGAUGUGAGACAAAAGUAGAAGAAGAUGGAACGGUGGAGAUUGGAGAAGAUGUACUUGCUGGAACGGUGUAUGCUGGAACGGUGUAUGGUGCUGUUGCUGCCUUGCUGGAAGCCUGGAACGGCAGAGAAGAUGUGUAUGUUGCUGCCUUGCUGGAACUGGAACGGUGGAGAAGAAGGGCACAAAAAUUAGGGCAGAAGAAGAAAUUGUUUCAAUGGGUGCAUCGAAAACUUGGGCAGAAUAUCAAUCACGUCAAGAACUUCACCCUUGGAAAUCCUUGUGCUCCUCGUCUUACAGUGCAGCUAACAGUUGACAGCCAAUACUCUCGGGCAAAGUUGGGCUUCAGUUCCAGAAACCAUUCCUGUUUCUUAAAGCCGCACUAUCAGGAAAGUCAAACAUCUUGGUGCAGAGAAGAACAAACAUCUGCAGCCAUAUCUGAGCUCUUCGAAGGCUUUUUGACAAUUGGAACACUUGGUGCAAAGGCAGUUACCAAUGAGCCAGCAACACCAACAUUUGCUACGCCUUUAGAAAACCUACCUACGAAAGAUGCAGACGUGACGGAGACGGAACUGAAGCUCAUAAGCUACAAGCUUGAGAAAUUUUUUGAGGCUGAAGAAGAAUGUUUUUAUGAAUCAUCAAGAAAAAACAGUCUUAGCAACAUCAUACUUAGCAGAAAGCAAAUAACUGGUUUGGAUGCUGAAGAUUAUGGAAACAAGACUGUAUGUCCACUGCAAGGAUAUUUAUUGGGGUCAUCGUUCGAAAUACCAGAGGAAGUAGAAGUAAGGGAAGAGUGGGCAUCAGUUGCUGAGCUAUUUCAAAGGACAAAGACAGCAAAAGAAGACUGUAUAGAAACAAGAGUAAAAGAGAAAAAAGUCAAGCAAGCACACAAGUCUGCCAUGCAUAUUAUGAAAAAAAUGUGGAAAAAGGUCUACAGUUCCUCAAAAAGCUGUAGCACCGCCGGGAAUAUAGCUGAUUCUACUACAACCAAUGCAAAGCUCCGUAAGGUUCCAAGCAAGUUUCACAGAAAAGUCUAUCUUAAAGACACCAUUAAUGCAAAAAGUGCUACUAAAUCCCACAAAGGUGACAAUAGAGACACCGGAAACCCAGAUCCUGGCAGAAGAUUUCAUUCCAAUAGCAAAUCAAAAAAGUGGUCUAAACACUGCGAGACCAUCUGGAACCUAUCGCAAGAUGGCCUAAGUUGUGGUGGUUCGACUGGGAACAAUGAGCACUGGAUCAAAACAGAUGCCGAGUGUAAAUUUGGUACUGGAGCUGUAGCAACUUAUGCUGUAUGA